GCCCUCACCCCUCGAGGAGCGGGGCGCAGAGGGGCUGCUCGCGCCAAGCCAGCCGGUGACACCGCGGCGGCCGGUCCCCGAGCCCCUGCCCGGCCGAGCCCCGCCCCCCCUCCCGCCCCCGCCGACCGCACGGCUCCCGCCCGCCCCAGCCCUGCGCAGGAGGGGAGGCGGGAAACACGCGAGAGCCUCGCCCACCGCCCUGCCCCCAGCCCCGCCGCUCCCAGGCUCCUCGGACUCCGUGCGUCCUCCGGGGAUCGUCUCCGAGGGGCUCGCGCUCGGCAGACACCAUGGAGGCGGUGCUGAUCUUUCUCUGCAGCCUGCUGGCUCCCACCAUCCUGGCCAGUGCUGAGCAGGAGGAAGAAAAGGACCCUUUUCAUUAUGACUACCAGACGCUGAGGAUUGGGGGAUUGGUGUUUGCCGUGGUGCUCUUCUCGGUGGGGAUUCUCCUUAUCCUGAGUCGCAGAUGCAAGUGCAGUUUCAAUCAGAAGCCCCGGGCUCCGGGGGAUGAAGAGGCCCAGGUGGAGAACCUCAUCACUGCGAAUGCAACGGAGCCCCAGAAAGCAGAGAACUGAAGUAUAGCCCUCGGGUAGGAAGCCUCCGGAACCCGAAGGGCGCUGCUCCAACCUUUAGAUGCCGAUGUUGAUGCUUAAGAACACCGGCCCUUCAGCGGCAGAUCUUUCCCAGGAGAAGCCAAGAACGUGUGUGUCCCCUGCCCCUCCCCGUCCCCGGAACACGGUCCACAACUUAGCGAUGCAACGAACACCCACCUUCCCCUGCCUGUGGCCUGCGGUCUCGUCCACCUCCUGUGAUGUGUCUGUGUGUGUGUUUGAUGACUGUGGUCUCUGUGGCUGCUUGUUUGUGGGUGAUGUUGUAUUUUAGUGACCCCGGACUUGCUUUCCUGGGCAGGUGCUGAGCCAUGCCGCCACCAGCCCCUCCCCCCUCCCCUGUGCCCCGGCCCCAUCAUCUCCUACUCCUGGGAGUCUGCUUUUUCCCUUGAGAGACCAGUCCCUUCUCUUGAUUGAGGGGUGGGUGUAGGUGGGGGUAGGGGGCAUGGGUGGGGGUCUUCCGUUGUCUCGGGACUUGGGAAGGUUUACAUCACCUUUGUGAUCGUUCUCCAUGGCCUCUCUCACUUCCUUCACAAGAGCCUGGCUUCUGUAUUCCAGCCCCAACCUGAGUCUGUUCUGGGGUCUCUUGGCCGUGGUUAAGUUGACAGCAAGGUGCCAGUGAGCCCAGCUUUGCCUCCAGGCAGGCUCUGCCCCGACUGUGGUCAUUUCCUCUUGGGGCUUCCAGCACGGAGUCCUCCUCUGCCUGGCCCCGUGGCAGAGCAGCCCGGGAUCCCGGACCCGGGGCUUCUACUCUACUCCUUGGGGAAUGUGCCCCUUGCAUAUUUUCUCAGCAAUAACCCCAUGGGCUCUGGAAACCUGCUUCUCUUCCCCGUCGUCCCUGCUUCUGAGACUCCCAGCUAUAGCCCAGCUCUUCUGGACUCAGACUCUGUCCCUGAAUGAGGUCUCCGGGAGGCGAGGGCCAAGGGGACCCAUUCUGUUGGGGCCAGCACUCUGGGGAGGGGCAGCCGGGAGAGCAGGGUUCCCUGCCCCCGUGCUGUUGGCUGGGAGGAAGCGACGGCUCCCGCGCCCUUUGCCCCGCCUUCCCUGGUUAGAGAGGCAGGUGCAGCAGGCCAGCUGCAGGUUAGAGACAGACUGAGCAGGCGCUCACAGCCCUGCAGCGGAGGGGACAGCGAGAGGUUGAAGGUCAUAGAGAACGGAGAGUCCGGCCAGACCCCAUCCCAUCCAUCGUGUUCUUGUGGAAAUUAACUGACCGGCGCCGCCGUGACCGGGACUGCUGUUCUCCGUGUUGUGACUUACCCUCUCAGCCACAGAAAGGAAUAAAACACCCUUUGUUUCCUA